AUGAUGGGUCCCCAGCAAGUGGGGGAAGAGCUGGAGCCCCCCUWAUGCGCCGUGCUGGACGAAGCCACGGACCCGAGCGUGGCCGAGGAGAGCUGGGAAUGUGUGCGGCGCUUCUGCGAGCAGGUGAACGCGGACGCCGACGGCCCGUCGCUUGCCCCGCGGCUGCUGGCACAUAAGAUCCAGUCGCCCCAGGAGAUGGAGGCUCUGCAUGCCCUGACCGUGCUGGAGACCUGUGUGAAUAAUUGUGGUGAAAGGUUUCACAGUGAAAUAGCAAAAUUCAGGUUUCUGAAUGAGCUGAUAAAAGUGCUUUCCCCAAAGUACCACGGAGCCUGGUCUUCAGAAAAAGUCAAAUCAAGAGUCACAGAAAUAAUAUUCAGUUGGACGGUUUGGUUUCCUCAGGAAGUUAAAAUCCGGGAUGCUUAUCAGAUGCUGAAGAAACAAGGGAUUGUGAAAGAAGAUCCUAAAUUGCCGGAAGACAAGAUUUUACCUCCUCCUUCUCCGAGACUUCGGAACUCCAUUUUUGACACAGAUGAAGAGAAAUCCAAGCUCUUAGCGAGGCUUUUAAAGAGCAACCACUCUGAGGACCUGCAGGCUGCCAACCGCCUCAUCAAGAGCAUGAUUAAGGAGGAACAAGAAAAGUCAGCUAAAGUCUCCAGAAGAGCGAACACAAUCAGUGAGGUUUCUGAGAGUGUUAAACUCAUGGGUGAAUUACUGGACAGCUACAGGAGACAAGAAUUAUCUCAAUCUGACCGUGACACUCUACAGAAUCUGUUUGAACGCUGUGAGAAGCUGAGGCCGCUGCUCUUCCGCCUUGCCAGUGAGACAGUUGAUGACGAUGAGGCAUUAGCCGAGAUACUGCAGGCCAACGACAAGCUCACGCAGGCCCUGGGACAGUACAAGCAGGUCGUGGCCGCGCACGAAGGCAGCGGCGCCGGGGCAGCCGCCAGCCCCGCUGCCGCAGCAGCGUGCCAGACGCCCCCACGACGGAUGAAGAGCUACACCCUGAUCGACUUCGCGGAGCUGGAGGCCCCAUCCGAGUCCUGCACGGACCAGUCUGCAAAGACGAGCCCUGCCUGCCGGCACAGCAGCACGACCUCCACCUGUCUGCUCGAGGAGGACUUAACAUCGCUAGAUUUCAACAACUCUCCUGUUGUAGAAAAAUCACCAUAUGAUUUGGGCUUAGCAGAGGCUGCUGUACACAAUGGAUACGGUGAGGCUGUAAGUGCUGUGCAAACACCGGGGCUGAAGGAGAGCCAGGAGGACAACUGCUUCGAGAAGAAUGUGUUUUGGGACCCGUGUAAGCAGCUGUCUCCACCUUCCAGGAUGAAGACAUUAUCCUUGGAUUUAUCACCAAAGAAACUGCCCUUUCCAGACCUUCCAAAUAGCUCAGUGGCAGAAACUCCAUUCUCCAGCCUAGGCUACGAGCUGAAGCCUCCUGCCUCUCUGCAUCCAGCCUCUCAUGAUGCUUCUCUAGCAAAUGUUUUUGUCCCUUUAAUUUCAAUUACACCAAGCAGCAUCUCUCCUCUUACUGUGUAUGACCAGCAUGGUUUCAAGGCCAUGCUGCACUUCUCCAGAGACCCAGCUCCUGGCCGGCCAGAUGUGCUAGUGAUGGUUCUUUCCAUGCUCAGCACGUCCGCCCAACCAAUCAAGAACAUCGAGUUCCAGGCUGCUGUCCCAAAGACCAUGAAAAUAAAGCUGCAACCAGCGUCCGGCUCUGAGCUUCCCGCCUUCAGCCCGCUCCUUCCGCCGGCAGUGCUGUCCCAGGUCCUGCUGCUAGCCAACCCGCACAAGGAUCCCAUCCGACUAAGAUACAAAUUAAUGUUCGUGCAAGGUGUGCAGCCCUUCAGUGAGGUGGGAGAGGUGACCGGCUUCCCAGAAGCUGAGCUCUGGAGCAGCAGCUGAACGUCCUGAGCCUUGGACAUUGCCGUGUUGCCUUAUCCGUGGGCAGGGAGUGUGGCCGGGAGGGCUGGCCUGGGCUCAGCAAUGGCUCCUUUCCUUGGCGUCUGCUGUCUUCUCCUUGCCCUGGGUUUCCUUGCACGUGUCUGGCUGGGGGCUGUGAAGUGGCCGCUUCUGCCUUGCUCUUUCUGUAGAGCUGCCCCUGCUUUACAGGCCGUUGUGUCCUGUAGAGCCCUGACGUGUGGGAGCCGGGUUGCUUCUAUCAUGCAGUGUUUCCUUCCAUGUUUUUCCUGCUGCUUUCUGGGCCCAUCUUCCCUCUCUUGCUUUACAUCUUGUCCUGAGUGAAAAAGACCAUCAUAUGUCAGCCCUUCUGGCAGGCUGC